AUGGAAAUCUUCGAAGAAGCAAGCAUUGUUCGAUUUCGUAGCAUCCAUGACAAAUACUUGCUUGCAGAGGAUGAUGAGGAAACUGUUUCCCAAGAGCGAGGCGGAACUGUACGGAACGCGAGAUGGACGGUGGAGUUCGUGCAGUUCAAUUCCACCCAUAUUCGUCUUAAAAGCUGUUACGGUAAAUACUUGACGGCUUCAAACAUGCCGUUCCUAUUGGGGAUGACAGGGAAGAAAGUGUUGCAGACAUUGCCAAAACGAUUGGAUUCUUCGGUUGAAUGGGAACCUAUUCAAGAAGGUUCCAGGGUUCGGCUAAAAACUCGUUACGGCCAAUAUUUACGAGCAAAUGGUGGGAUACCACCAUGGAGGAACCACAUUACACAUGAUACUCCUUAUAGAACCUCACAUCAAGAUUGGAUCCUUUGGCAAGUUGAUAUUUUAAGGUUUCGCCACCAAGAUAAACUCCCUGCUCCACCUCCUCCUUUUCAAGUACAAGCUGAUGGAUUUGACAAUUCUGAUACUGGUUCACCUCCAACAAUUUCACUUAGAGGAAAUGGAUCGCCAAAGGCAUUUGAAGGAAGGAUUAUUAAGUAUGAGGUAGUUGAUGAUAAUGGUGAUGUUGACCAAAAUAUUGGAGAGCGUAAAUUCAUAUUUAAAGGGAAUGGGGUUGAUGAUUUGAAGAAAGCAUUGAAAGAAGAGAAUGUUGUGAAGGAAGAGUUUUCUCUUUGUUCUCGUAACCCUUUGAAUGGCAACCUUUAUCCCCUUCGUUUGCAGCUUCCUCCCAACAAUACCGCAAUGCAUGUUGUUCUGGUUCCUCUAUCAUCUAAAGUGGCAGAUGAUUUAUGGCUUUGAAACAUGUGAAGGAACUUUCAACUUGUACCUUAGCUUGUUGCUAGAAACUGCUAACAGCAAUGGAAUGAGGCAAAUUCCAAUUCUUUCAUUCAUUUAAAGCUAAAGGGUUUUUUCUUUUCUUUUAAUUCUAGCCAUGUUUUGUCAUCUGCUUAAUUGUUUCAUUCAAAGGCUCAUCUUUU